CAAUAUUUUCUUGCAAGCAAUGCGACGCUCUGUACCGACUCGGAAUAAAGAACUUGAAUUUCUACUUCCUCUAUACAAAACAUCACUUUGUAAUCUUUGAAAACCUUAUUUUUCUUCGGGGAUAUCAAGGGAGAAAAUGCCUGGAGUCGUGAUGUGGCAGUCGGUAUUGUUUUUCUUCGUCCUGCUUUAUUCGGCGCGAGGACAGGUCAGUUACUCCAUUCCAGAAGAAAUGGCUAAAGGCUCUACUGUGGGAAAUAUCGCGCAGGAUUUGGGCUUGGAUUUAAAAAGACUAAAGUCAGGAAAAGCGCGCAUAUAUACAGGGGACAGUACUGAAUAUAUCGGUCUCAAUAAAGACACUGGCUUGCUGCUCAUCAGAGAGAAAAUGGAUCGCGAGUCUCUUUGUGCAAAAACGACGCCGUGCGCUCUGCACCUUCAGCUGAUUUUGGACAACCCGAUGGAAUUAUAUACUAUUACGGUAGAAAUUACGGAUAUAAACGAUAAUCCACCCACUUUUCAGAAAAAGAGAAUUGAGUUUGAGAUCAGCGAAUCUGCUGUAACGGGCGCGAGAUUUAUGUUAGAGAGAGCUGUGGAUGCUGAUGUAGGAAUUAACGGUUUACAAAGCUAUUCUCUUAAACCUACUGAUAAUUUUAUUCUUGAACUGCACAGUAAAGCAAGCGGAGAUAAAAACGUCGAAAUGAUUUUGCAAAGACCGCUGGAUAGAGAAAAGAAAGGAGUGGUUACGUUAUUGCUAACCGCUUUUGACGGCGGUGAUCCGCAGUUAUCUGGAACUGUUCAAAUACAUGUGACUGUGUUAGAUGUUAAUGAUAAUGCUCCUGUGUUUACGCAGAAGGUAUACAAGGCCAUUUUGACUGAAAAUGCACUGAAAGGGACUAAACUAACUACAGUUAGUGCCACUGAUGCGGACGAGGGAUCUAAUGGUCAUGUGACGUACUACAUUGCAAGCACUGAAGAGACUGGGCAAAAUAUUUUUUUUAUUGAUCAGCAUAGUGGUGAGGUAACUUUAAAUGGCCUCGUUGACUUUGAAAAAGCAAAUCAGUACGAGCUUGAUAUUCAGGCUAAAGAUCAAGGGGGGCUUUCUGAUUCCUGUAAGCUUAUUAUUAGUUUGUUGGACAUUAAUGAUAACAAGCCAGCGAUAAGUUUACUUUCUAUGUCAAACUCUGUGUCUGAAGACUCCACACCUGGCACAGUUGUUGCUAUGAUGAAAGUAGAUGAUGCAGACUCAGGUGUGAACGGACAGAUUAAUUGCAUUAUAAAUGACAAUAUUCCAUUUGCUCUUAUUUCAUCAUCCAGCAAUUUUAUCAGCCUGCGUAUAGAGCAGCAACUGGAUAGAGAAAGAGAAGCUGAAUAUAAUAUCAGUGUCACAUGCUCUGAUCAGGGGGUGCCUGCUCUUUCCAGCAGUGUCUCUCUCCGUGUGCAGAUAUCAGAUGUGAAUGACAAUGCUCCUGUCUUUGAGAAAAGUCACUAUGAGGCGUCUGUGCUGGAGAAUAACACACCUGGUCUCUUUAUAUUUACAGUUAAAGCCAGUGACUCUGAUUGGAAUCAGAAUGCCCGUGUUUCUUAUAUUCUAGAAGACAGCUCUGUUAAUGGAGUCUCUGUCUCAUCAUAUGUGUCAGUUCAUCCUGACAGUGGACUGAUUACAGCUGUGCGCUCUUUUGACUAUGAACAGCUGAAGGAUUUCCACUUCCGGGUAAAAGCACAAGAUGGAGGCUCUCCUCCGCUCAGCAGUAACGUGACAGUGAAAAUAAUUAUUCAAGAUCAGAACGACAACGCUCCUCAGGUUCUGUAUCCAGUACAGACUGGUUCUUCUGUGGUGGCUGAGAUUGUGCCUCGUGCUGCAGAUGUUGGAUAUCUGGUCACUAAAGUGGUGGCUGUUGAUGUGGACUCUGGACAGAAUGCCUGGCUCUCCUAUAAACUACAGAAAGCUCCAGACAGAGCGCUGUUUGAAGUGGGUUUACAGAAUGGAGAAAUAAGAACUGUGCGACAAGUGACUGAUAAAGAUGCCGUCAAACAAAAACUGACUGUUGUUGUGGAGGAUAACGGACAGCCCUCUCGCUCAGCUGUGGUCUCCAUUAACGUGGCUGUAGCUGACAGCUUUCCUGAAGUGCUGUCAGAGUUCACAGACUUUACGCACGAAAAACAAUUUGACGAGAACCUGACCUUUUAUCUAGUUCUCGCACUGGCUGCUGUUUCCUUCUUAUUUAUCACUUGUGUGGUUGUCAUAAUAUCAGUAAAGGUCUACAGAUGGAGACACUCUCGCUUCAUAUCAGUCCAAUCUGCCUGUUAUUCCGUACUAUCCACCGCAUUACGCGGACACAGGAGUCACUGGAACUCUGCCGCACGGGUAUAAUUAUGAAGUGUGCAUGACGACUGACUCGAGGAAGAGUGACUGUAAGUUUUCUACACUCGGUGGGAAGAAUGUUUUAGUCAUGGACCCCACUUUUGCUGAAACAAUGCAGCGCACAAUCAUGAAAAACGUUUCUAU